AUGUCCAACACUCCAGGAAAGAACUGGAAAGUGACCAGUGUAGGUCGUCGAGACACCAGCGGGCAGUCUAAUAUGGUCCAGGGGAUGAAAGAAGAGUACUGCCCAGAUGCUGCAGAGGGCACACUUUGGGAUCCAGUUACGGGACAUUGGGAGCUAGCACAUCAUCUGCAUGCCGCCAGCCUUUACCCCUGGCGGCAAGUCGAAAGUAUGGAUUCCAUUUUCGGCCCUGGUGCAAAUGCCGACGUUUUCUCUCCGAACAACGGCCUAUUUCUAGACGAGUGGGUCGAAAAAGCACUCGACCAGGGUCUUAUCGCAUUUGUGCCGAAUGUUGAUUUGGAAGCAAACGACAAAGACCUUCCUCCUGCCGAUAUUGCGGAACGGAAUCAGCGUCUACGCGACUGGGAGACAGCCCCCAAGAAAGAGUAUAGAGUGGCCGUUCUGGAUUUCGACAAUAAGCUUGUCCAUAUUUCCCGAUGGCGAGAUGGAUCAGAUUUCAAAACAUUGGCUGAUCUCGACGGAAGGCCACUCAAGUUUCAUACCAAUUUUCGCCCCCGCGCUCGUUAUGUCUGGUGGACAUUCAUGAACGCUAUUCUCCAGACCGCGUGGCGGCAGAAGCAGAAUGAGAAGAACGUCUUGCGGCAAGAAGUCGCAAACGCAAUACGAUAUUGGGGAACAUGUGGUCGCCAUGUCAAGAAGAACAUGCUUCGGGGGUUUGUCGACGAGCUAGGCCAGGACAUUGAUAGCAUUCUGGAGAAUUACAUUGAAGAGGACGAUACUGGUGACACUGGCGACGCUGAUCCGGGGGCAGUGGCUGUCAUGGCUUGCGAAACUGUUUUCCGGACGCAAGAAGCUGCAAAGAAAGACGAGGACGAGUCUGAAGACGAGCACGAGGAUGGGAAUAACGGACGAAGACGAGGAUGGAAAUGCUUGGUGCUGCUAUUUAUCCUUACAUGUUGCAGCUCAAACUACCUUUUCUCUCUUUCUGUAUCGCGGCGCAAACUGCUGGUUUUCUCGUGCAUCGUGGCGCAACCUACUAUUUUCUUUUCUUAUAUCGCGGCGCAAGCUGCUAUUCCUCUCUUGUAUGCCGGCGCAAGCUGCUAUGUAGAUUAG